GACUAGCGUGACACAGGAUACAAACAGAAGGUUAGUCCGGCUGACAGCAACUAAUCUUUCAGUGGGGAAAAGGAUUCUCUGAACUGUCGCCGCGGAUCGAUAUUGCUUCUGUUAUGAGAAGAAAACACUGGCUCUGUUAGGACUGUGAUUGAACACCAUGGCUGCAGCCCCUCCUCUCAGACGGACGGAUUCAGCUCGGGGGGAGUUCUCUCCUCUCAAAAGAUUUGUUGUGGCCAAGAAGAAGAUAAGCGAUGUGUUUGAACAACUACUGAACUACGUGAAAGAGACUUCAGAGUUUGUAGAAGAAACCUGUGGGAAUAAAGCUUUGCAGAACAUUGCGAGUCAGGAUCAAAAGUUGGAGAUCCAGGCAUAUGCUGACAAACUUGCUGUCAUUAAGGAGGUGCUGGCACGCAGACACAUGAAAGUGGCCUUUUUUGGCAGGACGAGUAAUGGUAAAAGCACAGUGGUCAACGCCAUGCUGAGGGACCGCGUGCUGCCCAGCGGGAUCGGCCACACCACUAACUGCUUCCUCAGUGUGGAGGGCACUGAUGAAGACAAGGCCUACCUCAAGACAGAGGGCUCUGAUGAGGAGAAGAGCAUCAAGACUGUAAACCAGCUGGCUCACGCGCUCCACAUGGACGAGAGUCUGGACGCUGGCUGUCUCGUCCGUGUGUUUUGGCCGAAGACAAAGUGUGCUCUGCUCCGAGACGACCUGGUGCUCGUAGACAGCCCAGGGACAGAUGUCACAUCUGAACUGGACAGCUGGAUUGACAAAUUCUGCCUGGAUGCCGAUGUAUUUGUGCUCGUGGCCAACUCUGAAUCAACGCUUAUGAACACGGAAAAACACUUUUUCCACAAAGUCAACGAACGUCUGUCAAAACCCAACAUCUUCAUCCUCAACAACCGCUGGGAUGCCUCAGCCAAUGAGCCAGAGUACAUGGAGGAUGUGAGGAAGCAGCACAUGGACCGUUGUGUGAACUUCCUGGUGGAGGAGCUGAAGGUUGUGGAUCGCGAUCAGGCACCCAACCGCAUUUUCUUCGUCUCCGCCAAAGAGGUGCUCAACUCCCGCAUGCAGCGUGCUCAGGGCAUGCCUGAAUCAGGUGGAGCCCUGGCUGAGGGCUUCCAUGAGAGACUGAAGGAGUUCCAAUGCUUUGAGAGGAGGUUUGAGGAGUGUAUCUCGCAGUCAGCAGUGAAAACAAAGUUUGAGCAGCACACUAUCAGGGCCAAGCUGAUCACAGAAAAAGUCAAGAGCAUCAUGGACGCCAUCAACAUUGAGGCGGCGGAGAAGAGAGUGGCAGCACUGGAGGACAGAGAGUAUCAGAUAGACCGGCUGGAGUUUGUGAAGAAUCAGCUCCACCUGCUGAUCGAUGAUAUCAAGAUGAAGAUCAAGGCCAUCAGUGCGGACGUGGAGAAUAAGGUAUCCAUCGCCAUGGGAGAGGAGAUCUGCCGUCUCCAUGUAAUCGUUGAUGAGUUCCACUCUGACUUCCACCCAUCGCCACAUGUCCUUAAGAUCUACAAGUCUGAGCUGCUGUCUCACGUGGAGGAGGGGAUGGGGAAGAACCUGGCCUUCCGCUGCUCCGACGCCGUCCACGCCUCGGUCCACUCCUCACAGAAAUACAUGAUGGAGAGCAUGCUCCCUCUGCUUCCCUCUUCCUCCCAGAGCCAAGUCCACAUGCUGGUGCCCAGCAGGAAAUUUGACCUGAGUUACGACCUGAACUGCGCCACGCUGUGCAAUGACUUCCAGGAGAACAUUGACUUUCAGUUCACGUUGGGCUGGACAGCGCUAGUGCACCGCUUCCUGGGAUCUGUCAACGCACAGAGAGCGCUCAAACUGGUGGACCAGAAUUUCCAGGGCUCCCUACCAGCGCUGCCGGCCCUCACCCCCUCCUCGGGCCCUCCCUCAUUGGCGGCCCCGCCCAACAACGAGACAGCCCUCAUGACCCAAGAGGACGUGAUGAUAGCUGUGGCAACCAACGUAGCAUCCCUCACCUCCCGCACCUCCAUGAGCGUUAUCAUUGUCGGAGGAGUGGUGUGGAAAGCAGUUGGCUGGAAGCUGAUCGCCCUGUCCUCCUCCCUGUACGGUCUGCUGUAUCUGUACGAGAGACUCACCUGGACCACCAAGGCAAAGGAGCGCACUCUGAAGCGUCAGUUUGUCGACUACGCCACCGACAGGCUGCAGCUCAUCGUCAACUUCACGAGUGCAAACUGCAGCCACCAGGUCCAACAGGAGAUGGCGGCGACCUUUGCUCGGCUCUGUCAGCAGGUGGACCAGACGCAGAAAGAGCUGGAGGCUGAAAUCCGCCAACUGACAGCCAAGAUAGAUCAGCUGGAGACGGUCCAGAGCCACUCCAAGAUCCUGAGACAUAAAGCCACAGAUCUGGAGAAACAAUUGGAGGCGUUCACAUACGAGUACCUGCAGCCUCAGCAGUGAGCGGCUCCUCUUCCUCCUCUUCCUUCUCCACAGUUUGGUUCUUGUUGAGCCAAUCAUUCCUCAGCCUCACAGCGCCGGCCCCCCUCCCCUGAACUACUCCACAGACUCUGUGUGGACAGUAGUGCUGGAAAGAUCAAUGGAUGCAGCGAUUGGUCUAUCAACCAAAAUGAAAUCUAUAAGUAUUUUGAUAAUCAAUGAAAGGUUAGUCAUUUAUAAGGCAAGAAUACCAAACUUCUGCUGCUUCUAAAGUAUGAAGGGUUUGUCCUUUUGUGUCAUUUGUAAAAAUGUAAUAUUUUUUUUUUUGAUUUUUGGGCUAAUGCUCAUUUCUCUCUUUUUGACAUUUUGUAGACUAAUCAAGGAAAAAAAAGAACAAUUGGUAAUGGAAAUAAUCUGUAGUUUCACUCUUGGUAGACAGAGCGAAAAAAGGCCCAGUCCCAACAGUAUUUUCCUCUUCCUCCCCUCAGCCAGACAGGUGUUGCCUACAAAACUGCAGUGAACCACUGUAAACAAAACUGCCUGUAAAACAAAGAAACGUGGACUCAGACGCUUCUAAAGGUGGCAAUUUAAUCUCGGUCGGUGAGAAAGCUAGCGGUCGGGUGCUACAUUUGACACUAACGUGCUUCUAACUGUGAAUAUGCCUUUUUUGACUAAUCUUUUGAGUAAAUGAAGUUUGAGUGUCUGUUAGAUUGUACAUGCAUCUGUUCGGGCACAUGAAAAAUAAAUAUAUUUAAUAGAAAAAGAGAAAUGUUUUUUUUCUUCAUCAUAAGGACCUAGUAUACAUUUUAAUUGAAAGGGGAAAGCAUGUCUUUAGCAAACUGUUGGUUAAUGUUAUAUUUUCUAACCUUUCAAACUGUAUAGAUUCAAAGAUUUGGAAAUCCUCAUAUAUUUUAUAAUAUUUUAUUUAUAUCCAUUAGACUUCUAAUGACAAUUACUCCAGUCUGCACUUUGUAUAUCUGUCUGCUUCUUUUUUUUUUGAAUGUGUGUUGAAAUACCUCCAGAUUUACCCGAUUGUAUUAAAUCUGCCACAAUCUAAAACUUGCUUUGUGUUAAUUAUUGGGAAGACUUUAUUAGCGGUAUGGAGAAUUCCAGCAGCACAACUUUUCAUAUUUUGCAUGAGGACCCCCUGCAUGUGCUGUAAUACAGUUAAUGGCAGUGCAUUAACAAUGGCAGCGAAGAAGAAGACUUCUGGCAAGCAAAUAUGUAACUGGUGCACAAUUUAAAAUGAUUUAGAAAAUGGCUUGGCAUAUGUAGAAGAAAAAUGCGUUCAACUUGUUUGUUGGACAUUAAGUCUACACAAAAUCCUAUGUCAGAUAAACAAUGUUCAAUGUCGAAAGUAUUUCACCAUAUUUAAGUCUCAAUUUCUGACUUGGACAAGGACCUGUCAUGAUAGAAAUGUGUUUUUUAUUCAAUAGAUAAAGAGCACCGAUGUCCAUGACCUUAUGCAACUACUUGUUAUUCAUUCAACAGCUCUAAAACUAAUCUACCAUCCUAUUCAGUGGGAUAGUGUUUUUUUAAGGUUUUUUUGUUUUGUUAGGAUCUUAAUCUUCUGAACAGUGCCACCUAUGCAAAAGGAAAGUAGCCCUGUAGGUAAAAUCAUGUGGAUGUUGCAUCGUACAGGCGGAGAAGGUUUGCACCAACUGCAGUCAGUGAUGGUUAGUGCAUUUGUUAUCCUUUUAAAAAUGUUUCCACCUGUUAAUUACGCUAAUAUAAUGGAAUAUAUGUUGAUAUUAAGUAAUCGCAUAUAAAUACAUUUCAGUUUUUGUCUUUUGCCGUGACCAUAAGUAUGUUUCUAAAUUGUAAAAACAUUUUUAUUUGUACAGAGCCGACUCUUCUGCCAACAAGCAACAUAUGUGUAAAAAAGCUUGUAGUUUAAUGUUAAGCACCAAAAUCAGAACUAAUUACUAGUUAUCCUGUUCCUUGUCAAUUACUUUGCAUCAUUGAAGUGGGUGUCAAUUUUCUCCUCAAACGGUUGUUUCUUCUUGAAUAAAACUUGUUUAAACGUAUUUAUACAAAAGUGGAUAUAAUGUUAAUGUUUUUUUUUAGACAUUUGUAUACAGUCUACAUUUCUGUAACAAAGGAAAUUAGUCAAUGUGUAUUCUUGGUUAGAAGCUUUUUAUUGGUUACAAUAACUCAUGGCAACAUAUCAGUAUCACCAAGCCACUGUACAAAUACAAAAAAAAGGUCUGGUGUGAAAAAGACUAUAAAAAUUAUUCCAUAACAAGUGAUUAUAAUUUCACACAAUAGCACUGUAAGAGAAUUAUCAUGGCACCAAGUCCCUGGUCUUUACUGGCUUAAAACAUAAAACAAUAAAUAAAAUCAAAGAAAAUGUCAGAACAGUAGGUUGUAGAGUGAAAGGGCAGUGCAUUAUUUUUGUGAUGGUGCUGUGGUGGUGAUCAUGUGACAUAAGCAAUUAAAGUGGUGGUGUCUCAUUGAAUCAGGAGACUUAACAUUUGUCAUAUCCAAAUAUUAAACCUGGAGAGUUAUGCAAAUAUAGUUGUCACAAAUACAGCCUGAACUUGUGCAUCUGUGACCUUUUCACAUCUGCUCUUUGAAGUCAGACCGUUGCACUGUAGGAGACAAAUGGCAACUUUACAACGAUCGCCUAAAUCAAUUCACAGAUGGAUCUACAGACUACACCGUCCGUGAAUGCAUCCAAUGUCGACACUGUUACACCAACAGGCGGAUUCAAUGGCUCCUUAUCAGUUGUGUAGUUAUAAACUGGAGGAGACUUCAGGUAAAUACAACAAUAAUGUGAAAUUAAAAGUCAAGCACCUUUUUGAUUAAUGAGUGAACUGCACAGGCACGUAGAAGUGUUACUAGUCCAGGUUCCAGCGGCUAAUACUGCUGAAUUACACACAUAGCGAGGACAUGCUUUCCUGCUAAAUAUCGCUGUCAGUAAUACACACAAUCCCCUACAGAGCUGUUAAGGGCGAUGGUGUAUUCUUUUUAUUUUAUUUCAGGCAGCUCACAAUGUUAUGAAAGAGCAGGCAGGGUUUAUUGGAAUAUUUUGAGAUUUGGGAAAAGAUGCUUAGUUCCUUACGAAGUUAGGAAAGAUACCGCUUCAUGUCUGUCCAUUAACGAGACAUUUAAAAAAAGCUUCUGCUAGCUGCCGGUUAGCUUAGCUUAGCUUAACGAUUGGAAACUGAGAAACAGUUAGCCUGGCUCUGACCAACAGUUACAAUUCCUGCCUGUCUCUGAAUCUAAAACAAAAAGAAUAUCUUGUUUAUUAAAUAUGUAAAAUGAUAAUUCGCCAUUCAGAAUAGUUCUGGCAACUCUCCUUUUCACACUUUGGUUUUAAGAUAUUGAAUGUUAAUGAGUGAACUUCAUUAGCCAGGCUAGCUGUUUCCAGUCUUUGUGCUAAGCUAACAGACUGCUUAUUGUUGUGGCCUUAUAUUUAACGGAAAGAUAUGAGAGUGAUCGUCCCAUCUAACUGCCAGAAAGCAAACAUUUCCCACAAUAUUAAAACAAUUCCUCUUAAAAUACAUUUUGUCAUCUUUAUAUGGGGGACACUUUUCAUGUCCGCUGAUUGAUAUAGAAACUUCACUCUAGUCUAAUAAGCACUUUUAUAACACUUUGGGAUACAAAAACCCAUCUUUAGAUUUAAGCAGUCCACCGGUUUGAUCAAACAACAUCCUGGGUAUAAAAUCAGAUACUGACAUGAAUUUAAUUUGUGGAUAUGCAGAAGGCUGGCACUUGAGUAAAGUGAGCAAUGUUGUUUUUUUUGUCACAUUGACUUAGUUUUCAGUUCACAGCUCAGGGUCUGUGGAUAACAUUGGCACAAAUGAGGAAGUAACACUUAGAUCUAUAUGUUAUCCACAUACAUCAGCAAAUCGUCCCCCAAUCCCUCCCCUCCCCUCCCCUCCCCCCCACACACACACACACCUCAACACUGAUAUGCAAUACAUAUCACAUCCUACACACCCCAAAGAUAUUCUCAGGCUAAAAACUAUAACGGUUAUUUUUAACAUUCUCUCAAAAUUGAUUCAUCAAUGCAAAGCCAGGUAGAAGCAGCAAAAACAUUUAAAAACAAAAAAGGUCACUAGAAUCACGCUAUGCCAAAAGAGGGGUUUCAUUGAUAGCCGACUGAACCUAAAUAAAUACUACAAACUGUACGGUAGUAUUAGAAAGUAGAAUUGUAUAAAGAGUGAUGUAGAAACACUUUAAGAAGCAGUAUAGAGCUGCAUGUGGUCGCUGUGGUUUUCUGUAAGCAUGCUUUUUAGUGUUCACUAGUAUCAGAAUGUGCUUCUAUUGGGAAACAAAAAAUAAUAAGCAAUCUCUCUUGAUAAAUCUGUAAAAAGGAAUAAUAAGAGGAAAACAUUACUGUAGUCGAUGCUAGUAUGACCUUCUAUUAGGAAUGGUAUUGUAAGGCAGAAUGGAGACACAAUAGUGCCACAUCUCACGGGAGCACAAAUCCUCCUUUAUCUAGCCCAUUUGGGUCAAAUGUUUAAAUUCAGAGAUAGGCACCUGAGACAGCUGAUGGAUAGGUCCAAAUCACAUACAUUUUUUUGUUUUAAUUAAGCAUUUAGAGGAACCAAAAUAAUGGAAGAUGAGAAAAGACUCAAAAUCAGAGAUAGUACUUCUAUGGGUAAAUAAGUCACAUGUGCUCAAUGGUUUACAUUUGUACUACAGUUCGUGAGUGCAUAUCUAGCUCUCUACCAAGUGUACAUUUCCGUCUACCAAGUGUACUCUCUUCACAAGCAAUAUUUAACAGUUCAUAACAUGUUUUUGGUGAGGAAA